AAUUGUUUGUUGCUGUAUCUUAUUUUUCGGAUUUCUGUUGGGCACCCUUUUGGUCAAUUUUUUUUCGAUCGUUAUCUGAAUUUCCGGGCUGGAGUUGCUUGAUCUGGGUUUUUAUGGGUCUUGCAUAUUUGGAGAUGAAGAUGGGAGAUUUUGAUUCUUCAUUGUAAGUUUGCAUGUUGUAGGAGGUAAAAUUUGGGACUUGGUAUUGGAGAUUUUGAUUCUUUGAAGAAAAUCAGUAAAUGGGGAUUGGGAUUCUGAUUAUUUAAGAAAUGCAUGGAAGUGUUACAUGGAAGAUUAUAGUAGAGAUCAUCAUAGGAUUAGUAAGUGAGAUUUUAAAAAUUAAAUAGAAUUCAAGUUAAUUAGUAAAUUGUUUCUAAGAGGAAAGUAUUCGUUGUGCUUAAUUUGGUGAGAGAAUGGGCAGCAUAGAAAAUUGAUUGUGGCUUCAUUGUUGUUUCUACUGUUUGUUGGGCUUCUUGAAGUUGACGUGAUAUGCUUAACUAACCUUGAAAGGGGUCGUAUUCAGAUUGCAAUUUACUUUUUUUUUUUUUUUUGGGGUUUAAUCACUGAUCAGGUGAAGAGAGUCCCUUCUUUUAUUCUUUCGUUUGGAUGUGAAUUGGAGUCUCUCUGUCAGAAUUUGCCUUAGGAAUCAUCAGUAGUCAGUGAAAUUCUGAGUGUUGCAACCAAUUCUUUGAUAACUAAGUGAGCUUUGGGCGGUCGUUAGUUUGGUAAAUGCCAAGGGAUUUAUGUGACCUGAUACUAGUGGCCUGCUUUUCCUUUUUUCCAUUUUCCACUUCUUCCAUUGUCAAGCUUUAAAUGGUUUAAGGCUUGAGGAUCGAAGACCCUUUUAUUGUUCCAUUUGAUCGAAAGACUUUCCUGUAGAGCUAAAAAUCAUGAAAUUUCUAAGCAUGAUGGGUAAUUCUUUCGGUUGUUCUGCAUCCGGGGAGCGUUUAGUUUCUGCAGCAAGAGAUGGAGACCUUCUUGAAGCCAAGGCCUUGUUGGAAUGUAAUCCAAGGCUUGCGAGGUACUCCACAAUUGGCGUUCGAAAUUCUCCUCUACAUUACUCUGCAGCUCAAGGUCAUCAUGAGAUAGUAUCCCUCUUGAUUGAGUCUGGAGUUGAUAUUGACCUACGGAAUUAUCGGGGUCAGACUGCUUUGAUGCAAGCUUGUCAACAUGGUCACUGGGAGGUUGUUCUGAUUUUGAUGCUUUACAAAGCCAAUAUUCACAGAUCAGAUUAUCUUAAUGGGGGCACUGCACUCCACUUGGCUUCUUUGAACGGUCACUCUCGUUGCAUACGCAUCCUUCUUGCAGAUUAUGUACCUAGUAUUGGUGCUUGUUGGAAUAUAUUGAAGGAAAAAUCAAAUGACAAUGGAUCAACCUCAGAGUUUGAUGAAGGUGCUCUCCAUGAGGUAAUCAAUAGAUCUGCUGAUGCAGGCAUCACUGCUCUGCAUAUGGCAGCACUAAAUGGGCAUCUUGAUACUGUUCAAUUACUGUUAGACUUGGGAGCUUCCGUUUCUGAGGUCACUGUGGAUGAUGGAACUACAAUUGAUCUCAUAGGUGCUGGAAGCACACCUCUCCAUUAUGCUGCAUGUGGUGGAAAUGCACAGUGUUGUCGAAUUUUGAUUGCCAGGGGUGCCAAUCUGACUGCUGAAAAUGCAAAUGGCCGUACUCCUUUGAUGAUUGCGCAUUUGUGGCAUAGAAAUGAACUUGAGGAAAUACUUAGCAUGCAGCCAGAACGCCAACCCCAAAUGUGUCCUUCACCAUAUCUAUGUCUUCCACUAAUGAGCAUUUUCAAAAUUGCCAAGGAAUGUGGAUGGAGGGAUGAGGCUUUUCUACCCAAAUGUCAGGAUCCUUGUGUCGUUUGUUUGGAAAGGAAAUGCACAGUUGCUGCAGAAGGUUGUGGUCAUGAAUUCUGCACAUGGUGUGCUUUGUAUCUCUGUUCUACUUUUUGCUCCACCUCAGUAGUUUCUCAAGGUCCUCCUGGAUCAGUCGCCUGUCCUCUCUGCCGGCAUGGCAUAGUUUCAUUUAGGAAGCUCCCAGGAACUAGGCCAGCGGUGAAGCCAAUUUCCAGAGCAAGUUUGUCGCUGUCCUUCUGUACAUGUUCUGGUGAGGAGUCUGAGCCGUCUUCCAUGAUAAGUGCAGUCUGGAAGCCAGAUAUUGGAUGCACCAGAAUUUCCCCUCUUUCUUCUUCUUUCCGCUCUUUAAGUUGCCAGAAGUUCCCAUCUGUGAUAUUCAAUGCCAGGGGUUGCAUGGGAAAUCCAGAGACAUGUCCUUCUUUGGUUCCUUGCACGAUUGAUCAGAAUCUACGCAAACAAUUGGUGAGAUGUCCAAGGCCAAGUUGGACAAUCUACUUCUAACUAUGCCGCAGUGCGCAGGAGGUCAUGGCUAGCUGCAGUGAGUAAGCAUGCAACAAUAGGAUCUGGAAGGUGAGAUUUAUUGAAUAUUGUUUUGUUUUCUAUUUUCACCAAUCUUUUUGUUUGAUACAAUUGGUUAUUUGAAUUUGAGAUCUCAGUUCUGGAGCGGACACUAGUAGAACUGAGCUAAACUAUUGGUUGUUUCCAUUUGUUCUUGUUAAUAAUUCAAGCUUGCAAUCUUGGUUGUACAUAUGAAAAGUAUCUGCAAUCAUAUAUAUAGAAUAAAUCUCUGGAUUUACCUUUUCCAUCCAAUAGGAUUUUAUUAUUUUAAA